AUGUACCCCAACUACCCUCCUCCCCAUGGCUACCCCCACGGCCACGGCUACCCCCCGGGUGCCGGCUACGCUCCCCCUCCCGGUACCGGCUACCCCCCGACUGUUGGCUUCCAGCCGGUUGGUGCCCCCCCGCCGCCGGUGUACGGCGCUCCGGUCCAUGCGUACCCCGCCCCGCCGCCGGUUGUCGUGACCACCUCCCGCUACCCGGCCCCCCCGCCGACUGUCGUCUACACCAGCCCGGCCCCGGUCACCUACACCACCGGCUACCCUGUCGCUGGUCCCUGCUACACCACCACCACCACCUACAUCAAGCCCUCCAAGCACCACCGCUACCCCCCCUGCGGUCGCUACUAA